AUGUCGGAUUCUGAAGAUUCUGAAGAUCUAAACGAAUAUACUAUUGAGGAUUACUACAAGAUCGUUAGACCUCUUCUAGCGGCAAACAAUAUCAAUGCAAACUACUUGGACAAUCACAAACUACUACGAACUUUGGUCGAUUUUAGUUUAUCGCACUCAUUGUCCUUAAAAAAUUUACAAAAACGAGAGUUGGAGUUUCGAAAUUUAAUCCCGAAAAAGAUAAACUAUGUCGACAGUCUAAUAAUUGAAACCAAGUCUGCCAGUGGAACUCAAUAUACUGGGUGUUUUCGAAACCGGUGCAUAGAGUUUUGUCCCCACUUUGCCAUCGCUGCGUACUUAUUCAGCCGUUUCCAUAUCCCUGAUGAAUAUGGAGCAUACGAAUUUACGUCCACAGAGUCGAUAAAAAAGGUAUCGUUGGAACAUGUCAUGUUGUUGAAAGGUAAUUCCAAGCACCAGGCAAUAUCUUAUAGUCAGCAACACAAGUCAGCAGUCAAUGCGUUGAGUGUAAGUGGCUUGGACUAUAAGGAUGUGAAUUUGGGCAAACUUUUAGCCACACAUAAGAACAACGAAGCACUAGAGAGUAUGGGCAGAUUGUCCAAGAAUUCAAUCAGGGCACUAUCUCGUCCAUUAAUGUUGGCAUUAGCUGGCUUUGAUAGUUUUGAAGAUUAUGAUAUCAUCAGAAAUUCAAUUGAGCCACCACAACAAUUACUAGAUAAGAUAUUUCCCUUUUUAACUGAUAUCAUCGAUGAGUCUACUCGUUCAAAAGAGUUGUUGCAAAUAAAAGAGUUGUUUUUAAUGUUAAGACGGAGUCUCUGUCAGGAUAUGGUGAUCAUCAAGAAAAUAUACCCCUCUAAUCCAUUAUCAAGAAGUGAAAUAUUUAAUUCCCCCGAGUUUUUGAAUUUUGCUCAAUCAAUUGACAAUGAAAGGUUGAACACAAUCAUUAAUAAAUCCUGCUUUAUCCCCAAUGAGGAUAACAUUAUUUGUGAUGACAAUGAAGGUUCUCUGCGUGUUGGUUCCAGUGACAACACAAACUCCAAGUCUGCCUCGAAGGAAUUGAAAUUGAAGACCUUGAACAAGCAAAUGAAUUUGGUUUUACGGCAACAACAGGAGAUUAAUCAAGCAAUAUACAAAUUUACCAAAUCUCAAACGGAAAUUUUUCAAAAACAAAACGAGCUUAUUCAAAAAGUCAACCAAUCAUUGAAUGGAGUCUUGAUUUUACUAUCAGCUCAAAACAAAACAUCCAUCCCUUUGGUCCAACAAGCAGCUCAAGAAACCCAAAACUAUCUUUCAACCGUGGGACAAUCGAAUAUUGAACGAGGAAUUAAUAACACUUUCGAGUUGUUGAAUGUCUUAAAUUCAAAUUCUGGACACUCUCAGCCACAAUCAUCAGUUCCACCAUUUACACAACAACCACAACCAUUACCACCUUCAUUAUCAAAUUUACUACACCCCGAAACCCUGAAUAUUCCUCAGGCUCCAGUUUCAGAACCACCACGUGUCAUACCUACACAACAACAGGCAAUGCCCUUGCAACAACAACUACAAUAUCCACAUCCACAACAGUUUUAUAUGCAACCAUCACAUUCACCUCCAACUCAUCAAUCGGCAGGUAUGAUGCCAAUGGCACCAUAUGGCACGGCACCAGCAAUGGGUCCAGUGCCAGUGCCAGGACAACCACAACCCUCGUCUAGCACAGACGCCUCACAAAACCCGGAACGUCAACGUGUCUUACAUAGACGAUUAUCAAGACAAGCAACAACGUUAUAUGAAAUGUGGGAUGACUUUAAGGGAUUAGAGAAAGCACUUGAAGAUUAUGGUAUUUCGGUUACAGAAUGGUUGAAGUUACAUGGUAGUUCAGAACGACAAUUCCGCCACACCAGAAUGAAAAUCAUUAAAUUUAUUGAAGACGAAGCCGAACGUCGUAAUACCAAUGUCGAAGAUAUAAAACAACGUUUACAUAAUAAAAUGAGAAACAGAAUAAGACCAUGGACAUUGGAUGAAGUCCAAAGAAUGUUGACGGCGAACAAACGGAUUAAUUUAGAUGAUAACAGUUAG